CCAUGCUCGGUCGGUUCGACAACGAUGACGACGACGACACUAUAACGUACACGAACGUCUGCUCUUUCGUCGACACUGACAUAGACAACGAUGAAGAAGGCCAGUCGAUGGACUACACGAUCACGACGAAAUGA